AUGACCGUAACCGCGCCGUCUGCACCCGCACCUGUCGUCGCCGCUGCUCCCAUCUCGCAAUCUGCCUCUGCCAGUGCCGCCAUCGACCAUGCCUCGAGACACGACCCCCAGCCCUCCUCCACUACCGCCAGUUCCUCCGAACUCGCCAGUACAAAGAUAAGCCUCCGAGCUGCCCUGAGACAGUUCCCCGACUUCCCCAUCCCCGGCAUUGACUUCGUCGACAUCCUGCCGCUCUUCGCCGACCACUCCCUCCACACAAAGCUCAUCCGCGCCCUCGAACUGCAGGUCCUCACGCUGAAUAAGGGCGUCAAGCCCGAUGUCAUAGUGGGCCUCGACGCCCGAGGGUUUCUCUUUGGUCCCAGCCUGGCACUGCGCCUGGGCGCUGGUUUUGCACCGGUCAGGAAGCGGGGGAAGCUGCCCGGGCCAACCCAGGAGGCAAGUUUUGAUAAGGAGUACGGAGCGGACGGAUUCCAGAUUCAAAGCGAUGCCGUCAAGAAGGGUCAGUCGGUAUUGGUGGUGGACGACAUCAUAGCCACUGGUGGUUCUGCUGCGGCUGCUGGGAAGCUCGUCCAGCAACUCGGCGGGAACCUAAUCGGAUUUCUCUUCAUUCUCGAAAUCGACUUCCUCAAGGGAAGAGACGUGCUUAACGCUCCUGUUCAUACGCUGCUGAGUGACAAUAUGGGUAGUGGAAACUAA